CCACUACAUCCCAGUUUACCCAUUACAUCCCAGAUUACCCAUGGCAUCCAAAAUUACCCAUUACAUCCUAGUUUACCCAUUACAUCCCAGAUUACCCAUGGCAUCCAAAAUUACCCAUUACAUCCCAGUUUACCCUUUACAUCCCAGAUUACCCAUGGUAUCCAAACUUACCCAUUAAAACCCAAUUUACCCAUUACAUCCCAGAUUACCCAUAGUAUCCAAAAUUACCCAUUACAUCCCAGUUUACCCAUUACAUCCCAGAUUACCCAUGUCAUCCAAAAUUACCCAUUACAUCCAAGUUUAACAAUAACAGGCCAUUUACCCAUGAUACUACAUUACCCAUUAAUUUAG